AUGGAGGGUACAUCAAACGAGAUCCACGAAUACCUCCAUGUAGCCGAUUCGCUAGCUGCUGACUAUUGGAAUUGCUCGGACACUCAGCAAACGCCAUCAGCUUUCGAGUUUCUUUCAAAUCUUCAAACGCACCAAGUUGUGAUGCUAUCGAUCGGAUCGGCGUUCACAAUCGUUGUCUAUCUUUUAGCAUUCGUUCAUUGGUCCUAUAUUUGGAGAUAUGUGUCAAAUGAAAAGCGUCAGAAUAAGCUGUAUUGGUUGCUCGCAUUGUUCCCGAUCUCAACAGCUUGUUGCUUAAUCGGAAUGAUUGCCCCGAGAACGUCACUCGUUUUAACGUCGCUUGGCAUGUUGUACUACUUGAUUUGUCUUUUCGUUGUUGUCUCUCUUUGUCGAAAUCUUUUCGGGGGACGUGUCGAGAUUUCGACAACGUUAAGCUUUGACAAUCGCCCGAUCGACUUCAAAUCACCGCCAUUUUGCUGCUUUUGUUUCUUCUUGCCAAAAGCCCCAAGCACCGAAAGAAACCUUCGCAAAUUGGAAUGGCUCGUGUUGCAAGCGCCGAUCGUCCGCGCGGUGGCCAUCGUCUCGAAUGUGAUCGCGAUUGCUGAGUUUCGUGAUGCUGCUAAAAUCUGGCUUCACUACUCAGACAUGGGAACCGUGUUCUCGCUGCUUCUCGCCAUCUUCGGCGUUCACACGAUGGCUCGGGCAACUGCUUACAAACUGCGCGACUACUGCUUCAUGACGAUUUUCCGUUUCGUCGACGUCUCGUUGCUUUUCUUUUCCGCGCAACAGCCGAUGAUUUUUGAGAAUAUUUUGUUGCGUUUUGAUCUCAUCAAAUGUGGACCAAUUCUUCCAGCUGUCGACAAUGCUCGAUUUGUGUGCAAUUUCGUGAUCCUCUGCGAGAUGUUCUGUCUUUCCCUGCUCGCCACUGCACUCCUCGCUCCGGAAAGGAAUUCGAUCUUUGAUUUGUACCGUUUAAGAAAAGAAAUGCUUUCAACGACAAGCCAUUUCACUGACGAAAGCGAUUUAUCGAAUCCAGAUGAACAGGGGGUUUUGGGAACUUGUGAGAAUUGUCAAGCU